AUGUCCGAUCAUCUCGAUAAAUAUAAUUGCAAUUAUGAGAAGUUAUUUGCUAACUUUCCUCGAUUAAAGAAUAAAGAAGUCUUCCCAACUCUGGAAGAAGUGUACAAUGAAUACCAAAAUUACAAAAAAGAUAGAAAAGAGUUUGUGUUUUUUGAUAAAGUUCUUGGUAAGCCUUGGCAACUAGCUCGCUGUGGAUUAACUGAUGAAUUAGAUCAUCAAAAAAUAAAACUGGGCGAUAUUGUCGACUGCAUUAAUCAAGAAAAACUUCAAAAAGAAACAGCAAAAGCCAAUAAAAUUUUUCCUUUUUUCCGGGAUCUAACUAAAGAUUUGGGCCUUGAAGAAGAAGCAGAUUAUCCAAUUUAUCAUAAUCAAUUAAUCAAAAAAAAAAAACCUUUGGUAGCUUUUUUGAUUUGCAUUGAUUGCAUGACUAAUGGGAUUUUUCCCGAUGAAUACGAUAUUGAAUAUAUUCGAAAGGGGUGGAAUAAGGGAGAAGAUGAUAAUGACAAAAAGAGAAUCAAAGACUACCUUGGUCUAAGUAAGAAGCAGUUUAAUAAUCUAAAAAUUGAACCUGCAAUUUGUCAAAUACCUAUUGGGCAAAAAUUUAGAGCAUUUGUUGUUUUUAGAAAAAAGCAACUUUAUCUUCUCUUUUUCGAUCCCAACCAUCACUUUUUCCCCAAUAAAUUUGAAUACCCUCAAGGAGAUAAUGCUAUUUGUCUGAUAAAAUGCCUAACAAAAAAAGGAAAUUGCUCAAAGUUUUACGAAUGUCAUCCCUUGCCUGAAAAGGAACGUAGAAGACUAAUAAGCAAAAGAGAAAGAGAGAAAAAGGUUAAAAUAUUUUUAAACGAUUAUAACGCAAUUACUUUAAAAUUAUUUAACCUAACCUUGCCAAGAAGGAAAGUGGGUCAAAAGACAGAACUAUCCUACAAGGAUAAGGAAACUUAUUCUACUCGUAGAGUUCUUGGUAAAUGUUCUUGUUCUCCACACGACAAAGUUGAGAAAGCUGGUGGGGUAGUUCACUGGAAGAAGACCCCACCAAUAAACAAUGGUGAAGAAAAUAUAGAGACGAUAUUAUUGUUUGAACUG